AUGUCUCGAUUAGACAGGUUAGUGGUAUUACUAGAAACGGGGUCUACUCCGUUUAUCAGAAACACCGCCGCUGAUCAAUUGUCGGACUUAGCCAAGGCUCACCCUGAAGACAUUAUCAGCUUGCUAGGAAGAGUCUACCCGUAUUUGAAAUCACCCAAAUGGGAGACAAGAAUCAGUGCUGCCAGGGCUUUUGGUGGUAUUGUAAAUAAUGCUGGUUUAUGGAAUCCUAAUGCGGAGGUGAAAACGGAAGAAACAGAGAACAACCAGGAAGAAGACGUUCCUAUUAAGCAAGAAGAAGCUGUCAUAAAAGAGGAAGAGAUUCCUGAAAUCAAACAGGAAGAGGAAGAAGUCAAGAUAAAACUAGAACAAGAUGAAGAGUUGAAGAAAUUGGAAGACAAUCUAUCCAACUUGGUCACCUUUAGUGCGUUCAAUUUACACGAAUUAAUCAAAAGCGGCAAUCGAUUGUUAGCUGCUAAAUCAAAUGAUGAUGAACCUGAAGCCACCAACGGAAAUGGCACCACUAGUGACGAUGACACAUCUUUAAUGGCCAAAAUAAAACGACACAGGCUUAACGUUAUCAAACAAGAAGAGCAAGAAAUCAAACAAGAAACCAAAGAAGAGCAAGACCAGCAAAUUUCAUCAUCAACCCCUUCAAUUGCAAAUACACCAUCUGGCUCUGCUCAACCUACCCCAUCUACAACCCCUGCUCCUUCCAAACCCAUUUCUAGCGCAAGAUUAAAGGCCAUGCAAAAGAGAAGAGCAAAAGUUAAUGCUAAAUCAAACGCUAAUAGAGUUAAAACGGUAGAUAUUUCUCAAAGUUCAUUAUCUCGCCAAAUGAUUGAAAAUGGAGAAACCGACAUGGAUGUGGAUUCCCUGGGUAAUGAAACCCCACCAGCUUCAACACCACAAUUCGAUGUUACAUCCCAACAAGGUGGCGAAAAACUUGUGGUGGAAACUAAAGCUGCUCCUGAGUUAUCACCACUUUUAUCAUUACACAACAAGGUUGCUGGUUUAAUUUGGCAAUUCCAAGGUGUAUACGAAUUAUUACUUGCUGAUUUGUUCGAUGAUAGGUGGGAAAUAAGACAUGGUGCCUGUCUAGGAUUAAGAGAAUUAGUCAGAAAGCAUGGGCAGGGAGCAGGAAGGGUUUCGAAACGUUCAAAAGCUGAGAAUGAUCACAAUAAUUCUGCUACUUUGGAAGACCUUGCUGUGAGAUUAUGUAUAUUACUUUGUCUUGAUAGGUUUGGGGAUUACGUUUCCGAUACAGUUGUUGCUCCUGUACGAGAAUCUGGUGCCCAAACAUUAGCCGCUUUAUUAAUUCACUUGGAUGAUGAAACGGUAAUAAAAACAUUUGACUGUUUAAACACAUUGGUAUUGCAACCAGAUUUAGUUCCAAGAUGUUGGGAAGCCAAACAUGGUGGAAUGUUGGGAGUACGUUAUCUUGUCAGUGUAAGAACUGAUAUCCUUGUUAAGAAUCCUGGUAUUUUGGAUAGUGUAGUGAAUAUGGUUCUUCAUGGAUUACGGGAAAGUGAUGAUGACGAUGUUCAAUCAGUAGCUGCAUUAACAUUAACACCAAUUGCAUCGGAGUUUGUCACUACCAGGACAAAUUUGGUUUCUACUUUAUUGAAUGUUAUUUGGGACUGUUUGGUUAAUUUAAGAGACGAUUUAUCUGCUUCUAUUGGUUCAGUCAUGGAUUUAUUGGCGAAAUUAUGUAGCCAUCAUGAAGUUAUUGAAAUUAUGCAACAAGGCGCUGCCGAUGAUUCAUCAAACUCGUUUGAGACGUUGGUUCCUAGAUUAUUUCCGUUCUUGAGGCAUUCCAUUACCAAUGUUAGAAAAGCUGUGUUAAGAACUAUUCUUGAAUUUUUAUCCCUCGAUGAUCCAACUACAAAGAGAUGGAUUGAUGCCAAGACGUUGCGAUUAAUUUUUCAAAAUUUAUUAGUGGAACAGAAUAAUGAUGUGUUGACUUUAUCUGCAGAAGUUUACGACAAGAUAUUACUCGAAAUGAAAAAUAUGGACUUGGAUAUCGGAAGUAUUUUCUUGAGUCAAUCACAACCGCUUUUGACAUUAACCAUGACACCAAUUGGUAUUUCGCGUCACAACUAUCAAAUGAACACGGCCUUAAUCAAAAGACCUUCAGGACAACUGCUUGGAUCAUGGGAUGACGAAGAUAAACGAGGACGUAAGAGAAAGCCAGAAGAACCAAAGACUGAUAUACCUAUUGAGGAUCUUAAGGUUAAUAUUGAUGCUCCUAUAUAUAGAGGUGAUGUUAUGUUGGUUGGUUACGACAAGUUCAUUGCAACAAGAUGUGCUGCAGUGCAUGCAUUUGGAAAUACAUUAUCAUACAUUGAAUCUGAAGAAAUUUUACUUGAAAUCUUUACUAAUGUGUUACAUUAUGUAAAAUCAUCCAAUCAUGCUACUUCGAGAUUACUAGGGGCUUUCAUUAUUGAAGAAUACUCCGAUAGCGUCAAGGAUAGAUCUCAGGAUGUGAAUCCACAAGUGGUGAGUAUGUUCCAAGAACUGUUGUUGCAUGUAUUACAAUCUGAAUCUACAUUACCUCACUUCCGAGAAUUGGUACCAACUUUGAAAUCAGUGAGAACUUCUUGUUUGCAGUUGUUUGAUGUAUUCAUAAACACAGCUAAACUUGCACCAUCUAAAAUCCCACAAAUGCCCGUGGUUGUUCAAGGAGAAUCUGAUGCUGGUCCUGGUGCAUUUGGGUUAGAGAAUGCUGAGAAAUUAUGCCUGGAAAUAUUUCCUAAAUUGAAGAAGAGUUUGAGUACUAGUUAUAGAUUGACCGCUAAUCAAGCUCUUGAUGAUGCUAAACACAGGAUCACUAUUGCUAUUGAUGAAGCUAAGCUGGCAAGUAAUUCACGAGUCACAUCAAUCAUGGCAGCCUUUGCUUCCGCUGUACUUGCAUUAUCAGGUGUCCCACCAAAGCUUAAUCCUGUUAUUAAAUCAUUGAUGGAAAGUGUGAAACUGGAAGAAACUUCAGUGUUGCAGAAAAGGUCAGUCAGGGCUAUGGCAAGAUUGAUCAAGGAGUUGAAAGUUGCCGGUAAGCAAGGUGCUGCUGAUAAGAUUGUCAAGAAUUUAUGUGCGUUCCUUUGUGUGGACACCUCUGAAGUUCCUGAAUUCCAUCAUAAUGUCGUAUUUAAAGACAAUAUUCUUUCAUUAAGGAAGGAAGAAGCCAAGACUGACCCCGCUGAUAUUUCCGCUCAUGAAAAAGCAGUACAUGAAGCAAGAAUCAAACGUACUGGGGCAUUAUUGACUUUAGAACAGUUAUUAAAGAUUUAUGAUGCUGCCUUGUUUGAAAACGUGCCUAAAUUGAAAGAAAUCAUGAUUGAACCAUUAAACUUGUUGAAUCAAGCAUCGAAUGAGAGUAUAGUCAAGGAUGAAUUAAAGGGACAAAGUAUUGUAGAUGCAUUGGGUAUACUUCGUGCCUUGCUUCCAAAGAUGAACAAGUCUCUCUAUCCUCAAAUCACAGACAACUUACCAUUAUUAUUACCCGGGUUGACUUCAGAGUAUUCUGUGUUUCGUUAUUCUACUGCUAAAUGUUUGGCCACUAUUUGUUCAGUUGUACCUGCCAAGACUUUUACAUUCUUGGUGAAAUCAGUUUUGCCAAUGUUGAAUAAUGCCGGGUCGGUCAAGGAUAGACAAGGUGCCAUCGAAACGAUUUACCAUAUUGCCACUACCAUGGGUCCUGAAAUCUUGCCUUACAUUGUUUUCUUGAUUGUUCCAGUGUUGGGAAGAAUGAGUGAUGCUGAUCAUGAUGUCAGAGUGUUGGCCACAACUACGUUUGCCGGUAUUAUUAAGUUGGUUCCUUUGGAAGCAGGUAUUCCUGAUCCUGAAGAUAUGCCUGAGGAUUUAUUGGCGGGUAGAGAUCGAGAACGUGAUUUCAUUCAACAAAUGAUGGAUCCAACCAAGAUUAAGCCAUUUGACUUGCCAGUUACUAUCAAGGCUACCUUGCGUAAGUAUCAACAAGAGGGUGUUAAUUGGCUUGCGUUCUUGAACAAGUACCAUUUGCAUGGUAUUUUGUGUGAUGAUAUGGGGUUAGGUAAAACAUUACAGACUAUUUGUAUUGUAUCUUCAGAUCAUCAUUUGCGGGCAGAAAAGUUUGAAAAGACUCAAUCUCCUCAAUAUAGAAGAUUGCCAUCAUUGGUUAUUUGUCCUCCUUCAUUGACUGGUCAUUGGGAACAAGAAAUCAAUCAAUAUGCUCCAUUUAUGAAAGUGUUAAUCUAUGCUGGUAAUCCAUCAGUGAGAAUCCCCUUGAGGAAAGAAAUACCUUUUGCGGAUGUCGUGGUCACUUCUUAUGAUGUAUGUCGUAAUGAUGUGGAGUACAUUACUAGCCAAGAUUAUAAUUAUUGUGUCUUGGAUGAAGGACACAUUAUCAAGAAUGCAGCUUCAAAGUUGACUAAGUCUGUCAAGAAAGUGAGAGCUGAGUAUAGGUUGAUUUUAUCGGGUACUCCUAUUCAAAACAACGUUUUGGAAUUAUGGUCGUUGUUUGAUUUCUUGAUGCCAGGGUUCUUGGGUACUGAAAAGGUAUUCCAUGAGAAAUUUGCCAAACCUAUUGCUGCCAGUAGGAACAGUAAGACUUCAUCCAAGGAACAAGAAGCCGGUGCAUUGGCGCUUGAAUCUUUGCAUAAACAAGUGUUACCGUUCAUGUUGCGUCGUCUUAAGGAAGAUGUAUUGUCUGAUUUACCACCUAAGAUCAUCCAGGAUUACUAUUGUGAAUUAAGUGAUUUGCAACGGAUGUUGUAUAAGGAUUUUGCCAAAUCGCAAAAGGAGAAGGUUAAGGAAGAUAUUUCAUCCCAGGAGAAGGAAGUCAAGACCCAUGUGUUUCAAGCAUUGCAAUAUAUGAGAAAGUUGUGUAAUCACCCUGCCUUGGUUCUUUCACCACAACAUCCCAAGUUUAAUGAAAUAACUCAUUGGUUGCAAACCAAGAAAUCCGACUUGAGAAGUAUUGAACAUGCUCCAAAAUUGUUAUCAUUGAGGAAUUUGUUAUUGGAGUGUGGGAUUGGUGUUGGAGAUCAUGAUUAUUUCAAAAGUAAGCUGAAACAACAAAAUCAAUUAAUCUCGGCCGAAGGAGUCAUUUCCGAACAUCGUGCAUUAAUCUUUUGUCAAUUAAAGGAUAUGUUGGAUAUUGUCGAAAAGGAAUUGUUGAAAAAGUACUUGCCUUCAGCUACCUAUAUGAGAUUGGAUGGUAGUACUGAUCCAAGAGAUCGUCAAUCUAUAGUCAGGAAAUUUAAUGAAGAUCCUUCGAUUGAUAUUUUGUUGUUGACUACAAAAGUUGGUGGGUUGGGUCUUAAUUUAACUGGGGCUGAUACGGUUAUAUUUAUCGAGCAUGAUUGGAACCCCAUGAAUGAUUUGCAAGCUAUGGAUAGAGCGCAUAGAUUGGGACAAAAGAAGGUUGUGAAUGUGUAUCGAUUGAUUACCAAGGAUACGUUAGAAGAGAAGAUUAUGGGUCUUCAGAAAUUCAAGAUGAAUAUCGCGUCUACUAUUGUCAAUCAACAAAAUUCCGGGUUGCAAUCCAUGGACACUAAUCAAUUAUUGGAUCUUUUCGAUGUGGAUGAGUCUGCAGCUGGUGCUUCUAAGAUAUCGCUAGAUGAUGAAAGCAGUAAUAUGAAGAUUGACGAUAAGAAUGAAAACGCAAAUAAGGCGGAAGAUCUCGCUGGUGGACUUACAGGUAAGGCAGCUGGUGCCGUUGGUGAAUUGGCUGAUUUGUGGGAUGAAUCACAGUACGAAGAGGAAUACAAUCUUGAAAACUUUAUCAAGACACUUAAAUAG